GCAAUUUCCCUCCAUCGCCAGCAAUACAGCCAACAAACCAAACAAUCAAACACCAACAACCAAAACCCACGACGACUCCACCACCAUCAUGCCAACCCCACUCGACCGCGCUCUGAACCAAAAAGUACGGUAUCGUAUCCACACCCACUCGUCCGAUGAAACCACGUCCGUGGACAGGAAAAGAAAAAGAGAAAGCCGACCAACUUUCCGGCACUAAAUUCCCAGCCGAAGAAGAAAAAGCCUGAGAAGGACCGGCAUGAGAAUUUUCUCACCAACCGAAUCUGCCUGAACUAAUCAUCAUCAGCAACAACUGACAAGAUCAAACUGAAACAGAAUUUCUUCCUCGGCUUCACCGCCCUCGUCAGCGCCGCCGCGGUCUGGACCAUCUGGGGAGGAGACAUGUUCCCGCCCGCGACCGAUCAUCCCAAAGGGGAUCCGGAGUCCUGGACGGAGGAGGAGAUGCGGAGGUGGUUGAAUGCUCGUGGUCUGAUGGCAGGCGAGACGGCGACCCGGGCGGAGCUAUUGGCGAGGGUCCAGGCGAAUCUGAGGGCGCCUGGUAACAACCACAGUAAUAACAACAACACUAAGUGAAGGAGGAGUUGAUGGAGGUGCGUAUUAGAUUCUGGCAGGG